UUUUAGGUUGCUGGCGCUUAUUGUUCAAUGUCCGUAUCUGGUGUUGAGGGAACACCAUUAGAAAUCUUGAGCCAGACAGAGCAGUGCGUUGUGUGUGGGGAUUCUGCCGACGGAUUUCACUAUGGUGUACGUUCAUGUAGGGGAUGUAACGCGUUUUUCCGACGUGCAAUCACUUACGACCAGCAUUUUACUUGCCGUCGUGGAGGACAUUGCCUUGUUGAUAGAACGGCAAGAUGCGCGUGUCGAGCGUGCCGUUUAGCAAAAUGCAUCGCUGUGGGUAUGGACAAAAAGGCCGUUCAACCUAAACGUGAUGGACCACUUUCUACUAAUGGAAAUCAUCAUGAUCGCAAUUCGGGUAGCUAUAAUUCUGAUACGGAAUUGGAUCGACAACAUAGAGGAAACGGGACUAUCACUCCAAAACAAGAGGCUGAUCAGGCGAAUCAUAUCAUGAGCCCUUGCUCAGCAUUCAGUCACGUCGUCACUACCCCUACGGAUGAUGCAACAAGAUCUUUUCUGCCGACGAUGCCUCCUAGUCCUUCACCUAGCAGCGGUCUGAUUGCAAGGCAGUGCUACGAUUUUGGAGACCAGAAAAGACGACGAUGGGCCAUGCUUUGCCGGUCAUUAGAGGAAAUACUCAUUACGGACUCGGAUUCCACUCUACGUGAGAUGGCUACUGCAGAAGACUACGCAGCGCUGUUUCAAGUGCAGAUGGUUUUGAUGUUCGAAUGGGUGGAAAAACUGCCCGAAUUUUGCCUUCUAUUGGACCCUUCGGAUAAGACUAAACUUUUACGUGCCUUUGCUCUUCGAUACCUUUUACUGGAUAAUGUUUUUCACACAAUGGAGCUGGGAUACGAAGACAGGAUUGUGCUCGUGAAUAAUAAUUACGUAAAGCCAUUUGAAACACCUCCCAUAACUCAAAACGACAUGACGGAUGAGAAGAGAGUGGAGUUGAUGAUGUAUGGAACCGAAGCACAAGCAUUACUCGACGAUCUUGUCAUACCCAUGAAACGAAUGGCAUUGAAAGUUGGUGAAAUGAUGACCUUACGGAUGAUCAUGUUCUGGAACCCCGGAAAUGUGGGGCUGACUCCCAGUGGAGUCGACAUAGCUAGGACUGCAUCCAACAAUGCUGUAAAAGAGCUUCAUCAUUAUUUUGAGGGAGAGGGCAUCACUGAUGUAGAGCACCGAAUUGGUAACCUUCUACUUCUCCUGCCUGCAUUCACCAAGCAUGUCCGUUAUCUAUAUGAAUUGGUGAAACUCAUUCCGUCGUUUGGUAAAAUGAAUGAAUGGGACUCAUUUAUGGACGUUCUUCUGAAUGGAUUGUAAAUUUCAAGCUUCCAUAUUGAUUUGCAUAUUAGCUUAUCUAAGCUGUAUAAUAACCUGCCAUAUAUGAAUUCACUCUUAUCAGGUACUUGACAGAGUUGGACUAACUAUCUGUUACUAAUCAAGAUUCGGUUGGUAUUCCUCAAUGUUUUGCAUCAUCUUAUGUGUGCAUGCGUCUUUCUUAUUGUAGAUUGUAUCUUUUUGAUAGCUAUUCCAGUCAUCUUGCUGCAUGAUAGAUACUUCUAGCCAUUGAAUCACAGCCAUCCAUCACUGAGUUCACAUUCAUUUUUAGCAUCAUCACUUUGUGAAAGUUGUCUAGUCUUCAUACGUUCUUGUACAGAAAGAUGAAACGGGUAUAUGUCACAUAUUUGUCGCUACACAAUGAAAUUUCUAUUGCUUGUUAUUCAAAC